CCAUGACUGAGGGGGAAGGAGGACUUGAGAAGCAGCAUUUGGACUCUGGAGAGGGUCGUGGAGUCUGUAAAGAAGGGCUCACUGGACCAGCCUCAGGCAAGCACAUACUACUAAAUUAUGCUGCAUUGUAAAGCAGCCCUGAUAGCCUUGAGGUACCCCUACCUGUUGGACUGCUCAGAGGAAGAAGAGUGUCAGGAGAAGAAAUAGGAGUGCCCGGUGCCCACUCCUCCACAGUGUAAAGACUUCUGCCUCCCAAGAAGCUAACUAAGGGAGAAAAAAGGAGGAAGGAGAAAGUGUCAUUCCAUAAAAUGUGGAAAGUCAGUCACUGCCUUGGAAGGUCACACUUUGUAUGUGAGAGAUGGGGAGAGCCACUUGAUGAAAGCCUUGUUUUGAAAACAAAUAACCUAUAAUUCCAGCAUUUGGGGAGGCUGAGGCAGGAGGAUCUCUUGAGACCAGCCUGGUCGACAUAGUGAGACCCCAUCUCUACAAAACAAACAAAUGAACAAAACUGUGUUUUCAGUUAAGAUCCUUGAGCUCCUGCUCUGUGCCUUGCUCUGAACCCUGUGUCCUCUGUGCUGAGGAGGAUACAGCACACAAUGGAGAUCACAGGCCCUGCCCUCGAGGACCCACAGUCUGGGGACAGAGUGACUGUGCCCAGCUCCCUUCCUUAAAAGGAAGGCUGCUAUUCCAGGAAGUGGUGGGGCAACCUGGAACCCAGGAGCCCUGUAUCCCAGACCAGGGCCCUACAUUUCACAAAGGCCAAGGAGACCUUGUGGCCAUUUUGUCCCUGUGUUCAAGCUAUGCUUCCACAGAGGGAUUCUGCUGUCUGUCCUGUGGAACCAGCAGGUUCCCCAGGAAGCCAUCACACUCUCCUUCCUACUGUGGUUUUGGGAGCAUGAAGGCGUUGCUUACCUCCUAUGUCUGGUUCACUGUAUGUAGGCUGGGAGUGUCUGCUGAUCGCUUGAAUUACUGUCCCUUGGAACAGGAGGCCUAAGAUUGAGGACCCCUGCAGUGGACCAUGAGUCGGUAAUGCCCACUGAGGACCUCUGGGAGCCAUGUCAGACGAAUCCGUCUCAGGGAGCGAUCCAGACCUGGACCCGGACGUGGAGCUGGAGGAUGCGGAAGAGGAGGAGGAGGAGGAGGAGGUGGCAGUGGAGGAGCACAACAGGGAUGAUGAGGAAGACAUGCUGGAUGACCCAUCCCUGGAAAGCAUGUGUGGCACAGAGCAUGGCCAGCUGGGGGAAGAUGGGCAGCGGCCACCACGGUGCACUUCAACUACCUCAUCUCAGUCUGAGCCAUCAGAACAGCUUAGGCGCCACCAAGGCAAGAGCCUAGCCUCUGAAGACCCCAAAAAGAAGAGAGCUCAGAAGCCCUCCCACAUGAGGAGAAACAUACGAAAGCUACUCCGGGAAGACCAAUUGGAGCCAGUUACCAAAGCAGCACAGCAGGAAGAGUUGGAAAGAAGGAAGCGCCUGGAGCAGCAGAGGAAAGAUUAUGCAGCCCCUAUCCCUACCCUUCCCCUGGAGUUCCUCCCAGAGGAAAUUGUCUUAAGAGCAAGUGAUGGUCCCCAACUACCUCCUCGGGUCUUGACCCAGGAAGUCAUUUGUUUGGAUAGUAGCAGUGGCAGUGAGGAUGAGAAAAGCAGUCAAGAUGAGGUGAUUGAACUGAGCUCUGGAGAAGAGGACACUCUGCACAUUGUGGACAGCAGUGAGUCUGUCAGUGAGGAAGAUGAGGAAGAAGAGAAAGGUGGCACUCAUGUAAAUGAUGUCUUAAACCAGCGUGAUGCUCUUGGGCGGGUCCUUGUCAACCUGAACCACCCUCCAGAGGAGGAAAAUGUCUUCCUGGCCCCGCAGUUGGCACGGGCUGUGAAACCUCAUCAGAUUGGUGGAAUCCGGUUCCUGUAUGAUAACCUAGUGGAGUCCCUGGAGAGAUUUAAGACCAGUAGUGGCUUUGGCUGUAUCCUGGCCCACAGCAUGGGUCUGGGGAAAACUUUGCAAGUGAUCUCCUUCAUUGACGUCCUCUUCCGCCACACGCCAGCCAAAACAGUCCUUGCUAUUGUGCCGGUUAAUACUCUUCAGAAUUGGCUGGCAGAGUUCAACAUGUGGCUUCCAGCUCCUGAAGCCCUUCCAGCUGACAACAAGCCUGAAGAAGUCCAGCCUCGGUUCUUUAAAGUUCACAUAUUGAAUGAUGAACACAAGACAAUGGCAUCUCGUGCUAAAGUGAUGGCUGAUUGGGUGUCAGAGGGUGGAGUGCUGCUGAUGGGGUACGAAAUGUACAGACUCCUCACUCUCAAGAAAUCCUUCGCCACAGGUAGACCGAAGAAAACUAAAAAACGCUCUCAUCCGGUCAUCAUUGAUCUUGACGAGGAAGAUCGACAGCAGGAGUUUCGGAGAGAGUUUGAGAAGGCCUUAUGCCGCCCUGGCCCUGAUGUGGUGAUCUGUGACGAGGGACACCGCAUCAAAAACUGCCAGGCCAGCACUUCACAGGCUCUGAAGAACAUUCGCUCUCGGCGCCGGGUGGUGCUGACUGGGUACCCCCUGCAGAACAACCUUAUUGAGUACUGGUGCAUGGUGGACUUUGUGCGCCCAGACUUCCUUGGCACCCGGCAGGAGUUCAGCAACAUGUUUGAACGCCCUAUCCUGAAUGGGCAGUGUAUUGACAGCACGCCUCAGGAUGUCCGCCUCAUGCGGUACCGGAGCCAUGUCCUGCACAGUCUCCUGGAAGGCUUUGUGCAGAGGAGAGGCCACACUGUGCUGAAGAUUCAUCUCCCUGCCAAGGAAGAAAAUGUGAUCCUUGUGCGGCUCUCCAAGAUCCAACGAGAUUUGUACACACAGUUCAUGGAUCGCUUUCGGGACUGUGGUAGCAGUGGCUGGCUGGGGCUGAACCCUCUUAAGGCUUUCUGUGUGUGCUGCAAGAUCUGGAAUCACCCUGAUGUGCUGUAUGAAGCCCUUCAGAAGGAGAGCCUGGCCAAUGAGCAGGACCUAGAUGUGGAAGAGCUUGGCUCAGCAGGGACCAGUGCCCGCUGCCUGCCACCGGGAACAAAAGGCAAGGGGGAGGAUAGCACCUUGACUUCAAUGGGAGAGGCAACCAAUAGCAAGUUCCUACAGGGGGUUGGCUUCAACCCUUUCCAGGAGCGAGGCAACAACAUCGUCACGUAUGAAUGGGCCAAGGACCUUCUGACUAAUUACCAGACUGGAGUCUUAGAGAACUCUCCCAAGAUGGUACUGCUUUUCCACCUGAUUGAGGAAAGUGUGAAGCUUGGGGACAAGAUCCUCGUGUUUAGCCAAAGCCUUUCUACUUUGGCUCUCAUUGAGGAGUUCCUAGAAAAACAAGAAAUGCCCUGUCUGCCUGGUGCCGAGGGACAAGGAGCACAGAAGUGGGUUCGAAAUGUCAGCUACUUCCGGCUAGAUGGUAGCACCCCUGCCUUUGAGAGGGAGCGGCUCAUUAAUCAGUUCAAUGAUCCCAGCAACCUCACCACCUGGCUAUUCCUUCUCUCCACAAGGGCCGGAUGCUUGGGUGUGAAUUUGAUUGGUGCCAAUCGAGUAGUGGUGUUUGAUGCUUCCUGGAACCCUUGUCAUGAUGCCCAGGCAGUAUGUCGGGUAUACCGUUAUGGCCAGAAAAAGCCCUGUCACAUCUAUCGCCUUGUGGCUGAUUACACCCUCGAAAAGAAGAUCUAUGACCGUCAGAUUUCCAAGCAGGGCAUGUCAGAUCGGGUGGUAGAUGAUCUAAAUCCAAUGCUGAACUUUACCCGGAAGGAGGUAGAAAACCUACUGCACUUUGUCGAGAAGGAGCCAGCUCCCCAAGUAUCCUUGAACAUAAAGGGGAUCAAGGAAUCAGUCCUGCAACUUGCCUGUCUGAAGUACCCUCACCUUAUCACCAAGGAGCCUUUUGAGCAUGAGUCAUUGCUCCUCAACAGAAAGGAUCACAAGCUGACCAAGGCUGAGAAAAAAGCAGCAAAGAAAAGCUAUGAGGAAGACAAACGCACAUCAGUCCCCUAUACCCGCCCGUCAUAUGCGCAGUAUUACCCUGCCAGUGACCAGAGUCUGACCAGCAUCCCUGCCUUCAGUCAGAGAAACUGGCAACCAUCUCUGAAGGGUGAUGAAAAGCCUGUGGCCAGUGUUCGUCCUGUACAGUCCACCCCCAUCCCCAUGAUGCCCCGGCAUGUCCCACUGGGAGGCAGUGUAAGCUCUGCCUCCAGCACAAAUCCAUCCAUGAAUUUCCCAAUCAACUACUUGCAGCGAGCGGGAGUCCUGGUGCAGAAGGUGGUCACUACAACAGAUAUUGUUAUCCCUGGACUCAACAGCUCUACAGAUGUACAGGCAAGAAUUAAUGCUGGUGAGAGCAUCCACAUCAUCCGUGGGACAAAAGGGACAUACAUUCGCACCAGUGAUGGGCGGAUCUUUGCUGUCCGGGCGACUGGCAAACCAAAGGCCCCUGAAGAUGGUCGGAUAGCUGCCUCAGGUUCCCAGGGGCCUUCUCGUGAGUCCACAAGCAACGGCAGACACAGUGCCUCAUCACCCAAAGCCCCUGACCCUGAGGGGCUGGCCAGGCCCGUCUCUCCUGACAGCCCAGAGAUCAUCAGUGAGCUCCAGCAGUAUGCAGAUGUGGCUGCUGCCCGGGAAUCCCGUCAGAGCUCCCCAAGCACUAAUGCCGCCCUGCCUGGCCCCCCGGCCCAACUUGUGGACAGCAGUGCUGUUCCUGGGACAGCUCUUGGGACUGAGCCUCGACUUGGGGGUCAUUGCCUCAAUAGUUCCCUCUUGGUGACUGGCCCGCCCUGUGGUGAUAGGCACCCAGUGCUGGACUUAAGGGGCCACAAGCGAAAGUUGGCCACACCGCCUGCUGCCCAGGAGUCAGCCCGCCGGCGGUCCAGGAAGGGACAUCUGCCAGUCCCCGUGCAGCCGUAUGAACACGGGUAUCCAGUCUCUGGCGGGUUUGCCAUGCCACCCGUCUCCUUAAAUCAUAACCUCACCCCCCCCUUCACCUCCCAGGCUGGGGAGAACUCCCUGUUUAUGGGCAGUACCCCCUCCUACUACCAGCUGUCCAAUUUGCUGGCAGAUGCCCGCCUGGUGUUUCCAGUGACUACUGACCCUCUGGUGCCAGCAGGCCCCGUCAGUUCCUCUUCCACGGCUACCUCAGUCACUGCCAGCAAUCCCUCCUUCAUGCUCAACCCCUCUGUGCCAGGGAUAUUACCCAGCUAUUCACUCCCAUUCUCACAGCCACUCCUGUCCGAGCCCAGGAUGUUUGCGCCUUUUCCUUCCCCUGUCUUGUCCAGCAACCUUUCUCGGGGCAUGUCCAUCUACCCAGGCUACAUGUCCCCACAUGCGGGCUACCAGGCUGGUGGCCUCCUGCGGUCCCAGGUGCCUCCAUUUGACUCUCAUGAGGUUGCCGAGGUGGGGUUCAGCUCCAAUGAGGAUGAGGAUAAGGACGAUGAUGUGAUAGAGGUCACUGGGAAAUAGCCCUCCUCCACCUCACUUGGGGGGCCCAGCAGGUUGCCCACCAAGCUUGAAGGCAGUGAUUCGGGCUUUCUGAGAAUAGGGCACUUGGCAGGAGGGAAAAGGAAGAGUACAAAGAAGAGUGGUUGGCUAUGGUGGCAGGGCUCUGUUGCUGUUGAACAAGAGGGG